GCUUAUGUAAAAUAUCUGGCGGAACCUAUUCUUUUGUAAGAAUAUGAUUUUGAUUUUGUUCCUAUUUUGCCAAUGCUGGAUCACCUUGGUCAGUAUUCAAACUCGAUUUGACCGGUACUCACUGGGUGGCCUAGUCCAGCUAAGUCACACCUGUGUGGUGUACGAUGAGACGCCAGGGAAUCGCGUGCUAUCAGACGACUUGAAUGGAAACCCAUGCUCCCUACUCUCUCCAACUCAGUUCGUAAUGGACGGCGGUGGGGUUUCGGUGAACACAAAGAUUAUUUCGACAGCGAAUCCACUGGCACACUACUUCACUAUACAGCCCAUAAAUUUUACCGUGGUAACCACACAGCGGAUUGACAGAGAAAAGUUUUGUGUCAAAUACGCCAGUGGCAGUCCCGACGGAGGACAAUCUGCUGGGAUUAUUCGUUGUUGUGCGAAUCGCAGGCGGGACUGUGAUUUAUCUGUAACAAUUUUGGUACAACUUUCCAGAACACAAUCAAGACAACAGAUGAAUGCUUCCCUUGAUCAGCUGGAAAAGCAGUCACAUUUUCUGCGACUGUCCAUUCGGUUGGUUGAUAUCAAUGACAAUGCGCCGCGAUUCCAGGCGCCUACAAAACAAAUAUUUGUCUCAGAAGGAAUUAAGGUGGGAACGCGGUUACAGUUACCGCUCGCGGAAGACGCCGAUUCUGAAGAUUACGGUAUUGUAAGGUACUAUUUACAUUCCCAAAAUGACGACACUUUCGAACUGGUACAAGUUGCACCUGUCAGCUCAGAAGUCAUGCCAGGUAUCUCGCACCCGGGUAACGUGUAUCAGUCUUUGGGUUCUUAUGAUACGCCGAUGGCUAGAAGUUCCUACUACCCUGAUGCGAUAACUAAUGUGGCAGAGGCACCCUUUCUGAGUCAGUCGCCCAGUCAGUUGUAUUUAAAGCUUGCUCGGCCAUUGGAUUGGGAAACGAAGAAAUCGUACAAGUACGUACUUAUUGCCGAAGACAACGGAUCCCCAUCGCUCACUGGCCAAAUGGAACUUCAGGUUAUCGUAACAGAUGAGAACGACAAUCACCCGGUAUUUCAAAACAAGACAUACACAAUCUCGAUCCCAGAGAAUGCAGCUGAGGGUAGACGUGUAAUCCAAUUGGUUGCCUAUGACCCAGAUGAAGGCAGAGCCGGAAAAGUUAUUUACAGCCUAGCUGAUAGCGUUCAAGAAAGCAGCUAUUCCGGUAACUUUAAAAAGCAGCCAAACGCUUACGAAACCAGCCGAACAGUACAAAACUCUUCUGGACCAUUUCUAAUCGAACCCCUCAGUGGUUGGUUGAUUCUGAAUGGUAAACUGGAUUAUGAACGUUCCAAGCAUCACUUGAUUCGGGUAUUGGCACGCGAUGAGGCCGGUCAUCCGGGUUUCGACGAGUCUGUGGUGAACCUGAUGGUCACAGAUGUAAAUGAUGUCGCACCUUUUAUUACAGUCGAACCGGUUUUGGAUAUGAGUGUUAGAGGAACGAGAGAUCAAAAGAAGUCUGCCGAAAACACACUUGACCUGCACAUCCAAGAAGUUUCCGGAUGGGUUGCGGUCGAAAACGAGCCAUUGCUGCUUUCAUCAAAUGAUCAUUUCAGCAGUAGCCAAGGCCAAGCAUCAUCUCUGUUAGCUUUUGUUGCUGUCAAUGAUCCGGAUACUGGAAGCGGUGGACAAGUGCAAUGUGGUCUGAAACAGGACAAAAAACCUGACGGUCACUCGAUGACCAAUUAUCAGGCACAGAAUUCAAAGUCUUCCUUUCAGUCGUCAUCCGGCACGAACCAAAUCCAUAUGGCUACAAUUUCCGGACAGUUUCAUUUCAAUCCAAUUUCGAGAACACAGUUUGAACUAAAAACAGUAGGGGGAUUUGACCACGAGAGGAAUGUGCUCGAACAGGUCGUGAUUGUGUGUACGGAUUUUGGCGAGCCCAGUCUUAGUUCGAGCUUCACCAUCAAUGUUCAUGUUGAAGACAUCAAUGAUAACGCUCCCCAAUUCAUGCAGCCAGUUUACCAAGUAAGUUGUUCCAUCUUUGAAUGGAGAGCAGGCUUUGACGUAUUCAAAUGUACACAGGUUAUCCGUAUUAAUAACCAUAAAAGUAAACCACUAAUUCUUUAUUCAAUGUUGUUUUUAUUUCAGUUUUCUAUAGAAGAAAACCGACCAUCUGACACAGUUAUCAGUAAAGUGGUGGCCUCUGAUCAAGACAGUGGGCAAAAUGCAAAAAUUGAGUACUUUCUGGACAACACAGACACAGAAUUUUUCCGGAUCAAUUCUGAAGACGGUACAAUCCAUGCAAAAACGAGUUUUGAUCGGGAGCUAAGACAAAAUUCUAGUUCAACUAGACCCGGUAUAAUUCCCAUCCGUCUCUCUCUCUCUCUGUCCUCGCUGUGCAGUUAUCGAUUUCAGGUUUUCGCCCGAGAUCAGGGCAUUCACAGACAGUUAACUGGUACGACAACAGUGGAGGUAACCGUGCUGGAUACGAACGACAAUGCACCCAUGUUUGUCGGACUGGACAGUGAUAAUUGUUACAAGUUUCGCGUCGCGGAAAACGAACCGGCAAACACACAUGUUGGUAUGUACACGUCUGUGUGUUUGUGUGUGUUUACUCAUGAUCCCUGGAGCCAAUCUGCUUCACACUAUGCUUUUUGCUAUUUAUCCUAUCGCUGUGAGCUUUGUUAUGCUGUGUCUGGCUCAACCGCUGUCAUCCAUCCCAUAGAUCUGUUUCUGUCAGCCGGACCACAAAUGACCAGAACACCUUUCGACUGUUGCUCAAAUCUUUCCGAUCUAGGCAUUCUACUCGGCACCGAUAUGGACACCGAGGAAAAUGCCCAACUUCGGUUUCGUUUGGUCACCUCGACAAGCGUGUUCAAGCUGGACUCGAUGACGGGAGAAUUGACCACCAUCCAGAGUUUAGACCGAGAACGUCAGCCGGAGUAUGAACUGGUGGCAAUGUUGCUGGACAAAGGCAGGCCACAACAAUCUGCAACAGCGAAAAUCCUCAUUCACGUGACUGACGUGAAUGACCAUGACCCGAUUAUUGUUUUCCCCGCAAAUGGGAGAGGAAACGUUUCCGUGUCGUUUCGGGAGCCACCAGGAGAGGUGCUUAAAUGUAUCUGUAUCAAUGUCUGUCCACAGGUGGUUGCACGUAUAGAAGCCCGCGAUCCAGACGAAGGUCAUAACUCUCUGCUACAUUAUAGCCUAAUCAAAGGUAACAGAAACUCCAUCUUCAGGCUUGGUAGCACUUCGGCUGAACUGAUUAUCGAUCGGGAUCUAGAUGAAUCAUAUGUCGGAACGUACACUUUGCACAUUCUUAUCCAGGAUGCCGGCGUUCCUCCAAGGUCAUCCCAAGUCCAGCUGACUGUACAAGUCACCGAUAGCCCAGCACGAAUUUACUCGCAUCGUUACCCGAACAUACGUGGGAAACAGACAAGUUCUGAAGAACAUUCGAAUCCCACUGGAAAGUAUCAGCGAGUAGAUGGCCUGCCAAUGAGGCAAGAUGAUCGAGCGGACAAAUCGACAGGACUAACCAGUUCCGAGAAUAGCAUUGUCAGUGCUGGUGCCAUCUUAGUGGCGAUUGUGGCGUUGAGUUGCGCAAUCAUUCUCGUGUUGUUAGGCAUCACCGUUUACCUCUGUGGUAAAAAAGGGUUUGGGAUGCGACGCGCAUAUCUCUACAACAGAAACAGGAGGAAUAAUUGUGAUGACCUCAAUAGAACCACCGGAUUAGAUUUGUACAAGGCAACUGCCCUUAACACAAAGCCAAUUGAAGUUGAUACAAACAAUUCCACGCCACUGCAUUUUCCGGAAACCGUAUUUGUCGAUCCAAACAGUGGGACCCUGUUACGAUGUCCCGUGGGCUCAUUCUCCUCAACAUCAGCAAGCAACCUACAGGAUUAUGGUGAUCACAAACUCAUUCGCAUGUCAACACCUGUUGCCUACGAGAGUUACACAACAUGUUUGCCCGUUAACGAACGGGUUCCGCAUAGCGGAAACUACGAAACUUUCCAUGCGCCGCACAUUCUAGUACCAAUACUACCAAGUCACAUGCGUGAAAAUUCAGGUGAAACUGUUGCAAACGGCAUUGGUGGAAUCAGAAAACAGGAGUUCUCAAAUUCAGGUGGUUACGUAACAAAGCCCGGGACAAUAGCAAGAACGUCGGAAGUAUCUACAGCACGAAAUUGCAUGAUUGAGGCCACGAGAUUCACGCAAUCCCUAAAAGUUCGCAGGCCUGACAGAGAAGACUCGUGUGAAUCACCGGUAUCUGAAGGAUCCACCAUAAAACACCAAGGGAACCAUAUCUAUCGCGCGCCCAAAGUGAGAACCAGUCACAGCUGGGAAAGUUUACUGACCUUGAGCAAUCCCAAACAGAAAAGUGUCCAUUUGGGGGACCUCUCAACAGGCAAUACAGGAAAGGCACAAUUUCCAUCAGUCAGCCCAAACCGAAAUGAUAAACCAAAAAAAGCUCAAGAUUUACAUUGGAGAGUAACCUGGAACCCUGUUCUAGACACUCGUGAACAGAGUCAUCAAACAGAACCGAACGUCUCCACAUUUCUACCCCAUACACCCCGUCAGACAGCAACAAAAGUGCAGACAGAUCUGAGGCUUACACAAGUUCUACCCGGCCAAAUUGAAAGAUGCACUCCUCAGACCACUCGUCAUCUAGUACUACCACCAGGAUCUUUCACAGGGGCAAUAGAGGACAAAGAAGGAUACUCACGCCUUAUCCGAGAAACUCGGCACCUCAAUGGUCCCUUGGCAUGUUGUGCUAUUCAACAGUCAUGUGACUUGCCGUGCAUGGAUCCGCUUUGCACUAGGAACCGCCAGGAUUCAUCUGACGAACUCAUUGACCUACAGUCGAGAAACGGAAAUCUGAUUGAUUUAGCUGGCAGUGACAGUCAGAAUUCCACUUGUUCACAAAUCUGCGACUGUCCGGUCAAUGUGAACGAACCUGUCCAACAUUUUCAGUCUCUUAACGGCAUCAGCUUAGGCGAACAGGCAGAAUUGGUAUGAGUAACAGCUGAUUGCUCCCCCCCCUCCCAUCAGGACCUCUGUCUCCACUGACCUUCCUGAAUAGUCUGGAUUGCAUUUUCAUGUACAAU